UCUGCCCAUAACGACAGACUUACAGCACUAAAAGCAGUUACAAACUUCGGCAUGCCCGUAGAAGAGUUUGAUUCCGAGGAGGCUGAAAUCUUCCAGAGGAAACUUGAUGAAACAACAAAGCUUCUGAGAGAACUCCAGGAUGCUCAGAAUGAACGACUAAGUACAAAACCACCCCCGAACAUGAUUUGUCUCCUGGGUCCGUCUUACAGAGAGAUGCACUUGGCGGAGAGAGUAACCAAUAACCUGAAAGAACUUGCCCAACAAGUGACUCCAGGUGAUAUUGUUAGUACGUACGGGAUCCGGAAAGCAAUGGGAAUUUCAGUUCCUUGCCCUGAUACAGAAGACAGCUGGGUAGAUUUGACAGAGGACCUUCAAGAUCCUAAGAAGACUGUCACCAUCCCUGAAAAUGAGUGUGGUCCAGUUACAGUCUGAAGCUUCGGUUACGUUUACAGCUGUUUGUUUGAUUCUAUUUAAGAACCAGAUAAACUUCCUUCCGGUGCAUUCACCGAGCAUGUGUAUAUUGUGUGUUAAACUACUUUUGUUUAUUAAAUUUUGGAACUAA